UCUUAGUAAGUGGCUGAAAGGAGAAACCUCACAAUGCGGUUUGGACAGAAUUUGUUUUUGUUUUUACUUAUUAUAUUUGUUUCACUCCUUGGGAUAUUUCACUUCAGCCUCAAAUCUACCUGGUUGAGGGGUGCGUCGGUGUGCAAAAAAACUGUGGGCGACAAAAAGCAUGUUAAUAUGGACCUAAUCUUCCCUCCUGGAGACGAUAAAAAGGAUGUUGUUAUGGACUUGAUCUUUCCACCUGGGAUUGACAGCUCUCAGCCCAGUGUAAAUAGCAGACGGCCAGAUGUUGCCAUGACAACCCAAUGGUUGGCACCCAUCGUGUGGGAGGAUACAUUUGAUUUGACGGUGUUUGACAACAUCUACAAACCAAAGAACAUCACCGUAGCCACCACUUUCUUCGCUCUGGGACAGUAUGUGCGGUUUCUGAAGGACCUGCUGGAGUCAGCGGAGCAGCACUUCUUUGUGGGCUACCGAGUUCAUUAUUAUGUGUUUACAGAUCUUCCAAAUGAAGUUCCAAUGGUAACCCUUGGGGAGGAGCAUCAGUUGACUGUGAUAAAAACAGCAAUCUCAAAUCAGUGGCAGAAACUCUCACUCCACAGAAUGGAGAUGAUUGAAAAGCUAAUUGAAGAGGAACUCAUUAACAAGGCUGACUACAUAUUUAGCCUCUCAGUUGACACCAAAUUCUAUGGUCACUGGGGGGCGGAGUCUGUGGGGGACCUCGUUGGUGUGAUGCAUGCCUGGUUUCUCGGAAAACCUCGGGAACAGUUUACAUAUGAACGGCAUCCUGAAUCUAAGGGCUACAUACCUUUAGAAGAAGGAGACUACUACUAUGGAGCGGACGCAUUUGGAGGGCGCCCCAAGAACGUGCUCAAGCUGGUGAGGACGUGUCGCAUAAAGAUGGAAGAGGACUACACCAAUCAGAUUGAAGCGGUAUGGCAGGAAGAGUCUCACCUUAACAAAUACUUCCUGUUCAACAAGCCCACCAAGGUGCUCUCACCUGAAUACCAUUGGGAUGACAAAAAAGAGAAACCAAGCUACAUCAAAGUGGUGCGUUUUUCACGCAUUGGCUAGGACUAUGUGAAGAUCUGACUGAACCCUUUAUGCACAUUGUACCCAAGCUUGUUUUUGAGGUGUUUCAUACACAUCUUCACACAUUUUUACUGUAGUGUCUUUAUCAAAACGAUAAAAUAACUAAGGUCACCAAAUGUAUUAUAAACAUCUUAUGGGUUUUUAGACCCAUAUUUAAAUGUUCAUAUGGAUAUACAUGGAAGUUUCAAAAUCAGAUUUACUAAUAAUAUAAUAUUUUUAAAUUAAGCUUUUUUUGGUUUAAACUAAUUUAAUUGAGUGAUUUCAUUCUAAUAGUAAUGUUCAGUAUAAUGUGAAAUAUUGUAGGAUAAAGGUAGGUUGUACAGUGUUUGUAGUACAAAAAUGUGUGUGUGCAUAAAGGUUCCAUGUUCUCCCCGUGCUUGGUGGGUUUCCUCUGGGUACUCCGGUUUCCUCCCACGGUCCAAAAACAUGCAGAUUAGGCUAAUCAGCAUUCCUCAAUUGCCUGUAGUUUUAAAUGUGUGUGUGUGUGUGUGUGUGUGUGUGUGUGUUUGUGGCUGCAUACAUGAAAAAGACAAUAUAAACAGUGAGAGUAAGUGUUUAGUUGACAUAACAUGUACCCAGUUCAAAAAGUUGACUCAAUUUGUAAUACAAAUAUUUAAGUCGGCUUAAGUAGUCUUGUUUGUGGGCCCAAUAAAUUACAUUUCUCUAGGGUUCACUUAGCUCAACUUUUCACCUAUUCAAAAAAGAAAAUUGUCUCUUAUUGUGGUCCAUUGAUGUAGUUGGUUCAAGUGAUGGUUUUUCUAUAAAGUUGGACAAACAAUAAAACAAAUAUUAUUAAAAAGCCUUUAUCCUUUUAACACAAGUCAAAAUUAGAACAGUGAUUUGUACAAAACAAGAGAAUAUAGGUUCUAUUUUUUUUAAGGUCAAUAAAAUGUUUGUUUUUUUUCCCAAUGUUUCGUAACUUGAAUCUGAAGGAAAGCGUGUCUCUCCAAUGCCAAUAGAAAUUAUUUGGAUGGCUUCAAAAGUGUCCAUCCAGUCCUUUAGGAAUUCAAUGUACAGCGCACAGGCCUAAACAAACAACACUCCUAAAAUUGCUGCAUAGUCGGUCACACAGGCUCUCAAGGACUAAAGUCCCCUUUAACACCACAGCAACUUCAACAGCUUGUUCAUGCUCCUUCAGUAGCUCUAAAAGGACAACCAUCACCACUCUGACCCAAUAUACCACAGCAAAGCUCUUGUUAAAGAAAACAAGAAAAGUUUUCUAAAGACAAAGAUAACUAGAUCUUCUAUAAAAUUCAUUUAUGAUAAAAAUUUAAGAUAUUAAAAAGUCUAUAUAUCAUUAGUGUGUAAAAGACUGUAGAAGUUUUUGAGAUUCUAAUGAUGGGGUAAAGCUAAGUAUUGUUUCAUUUAUAUAGGUUUGAUAUACUUUUAUUAGUUUGAAGUCCCACUACUCCUUCACUGUUAAAUUUUUCUGCACAGUGCGGAAAUUGAAGCCUAACAUUUGCUAAGCCCCCUUCAGUGACAUCAGGGUGCUUUGAUAUAACAAGUAUAACAAUAAACGGAAACACACAAGCCUCAAGUAUGUAAUGUGCCUUUG